CAAGGUUUAAUUGUGUUUUCCCGUCAAAACCAGAGUCAUCUAAGUAGUUCCGUCCAUCCGCCAUGUCGUUCUUGAGAGACUUGAUAGAAGCCGUUGUUCCAGCUGCCUACGCUGAAGAACCGGAAGAAGAACCAGUUGAAGAAACUGAAGAAGCCGAAGAAGAAGCUGAAGAAGCAGACGAAGAGGAAGAGGAAGACGAAGAUGAAGAUGAUGAUGAAGUGGAAGAUCCUUUGGUUGCAUUGACCGAGGAAUGUGCCGCAACUCCAGCAUGUAAGCCAUACAACCACCACUUCCACGAGUGUGUCGAAAGAGUCACCGCAGAAAUGGAAGAAGAAGGUUACGCUGAAAAGGACUACAAGGAAGACUGUAUCGAAGAGUUCUUCCACUUGCAGCACUGCAUCAACGACUGUGUUGCUCCAAGAUUAUUCCACAAGUUGAAGUAAACUGGACCUGAAGUGGAACUCUGUUCCAUGCUCGUAUAAAUCUCCCACGCUUGUGAUCCGUUGCAAGUAGGUCAGCAUCUUCUAUUCCCUAUAAAUAAAAUUAUGUUCAUUUGGUCAUUACUCGUUUACCUUAGUUUUGAUAUUUAUUCUUAUUAUUCUUAUAUCAUAUUAGAAACGUU